AUGCAAGUCUCUGCUGCUCCCACUACAACUUCUGCUUCCCUGAAAGCUCGCAGUAAUCAUAAAUUAGAAGCUCGCUCUUCCAAAUCUGGUGAUGCCACAUAUUACUCAGUUGGUCUAGGCUCUUGCGGUCACACCAACUCUGACAGCGAAAUGGUGGCUGCGCUCUCUUCAAAAUUAAUGGGUUCCGGCUCGAAAGGCUCAUACUGUGGCGAGUCAAUUACUGUUGAAAGCGAAUCUGGUAAAUCAGUAACUGUCAAAGUGGUCGAUACAUGCCCAAGCUGUGGUGAAGGUGAUGUCGAUCUCAGCCCUUCUGCCUUUAAAAAACUCGGAAGUCUUGAUUUAGGUGUCAUUCCUAUCACUUGGUCACUCUAA